CGAGUAUCACAUAAAAAAUAAUUCCGGAAUGGAACUGACAUUUUCCUCAGCUUCCUCAACCGCUUGGCUGUCUCGUCUGUUGGUAAUAUUUUCACUUUUGAUAUUCAAAACGACGGCAUUGAUAAAGCUACCACCGAAUGAAAUGGUUACCGGUGUUAUGGCGUUUGGGGAUUCAAUUGUUGACCCCGGAAACAACAACAAUCUCCCCACUCUUAUCAAGUCCAACUUCCCCCCCUACGGCCAAGAUUUUGAAGGCGGUGUUCCAACAGGAAGGUUUUGCAACGGAAAAGUCCCUUCCGAUUUCAUAGCUAAAGAACUGGGAAUAAAAGAUACAGUGCCAGCAUAUUUGGAUCCAAAUUUAAAACCUCAGGAUCUCAUAACAGGAGUAAGCUUUGCGUCAGGUGGCAGCGGAUAUGAUUCUUUGACUGCCCAACUGGUGUCCGUAAUAUCGAUGCCGGCCCAGUUAGAUCACUUCAGAGAAUACAUAGCGAAGCUGAAACAACUUGUUGGAGAAGAGAGAACAAAGUUCAUCUUGGCCAAGAAUUUAUAUCUGGUUGUAGCAGGUAGCGACGACCUUGCCAAUACCUAUUUUGUUCUCCGUGCCAGGAAAUUGCAGUACGACAUUCCCGCUUACACUGAUUUAAUGCUUAACUCGGCUACACACUUUUUAAAGGAACUGUAUGGUUUGGGAGCAAGAAGAAUAGGGGUGUUUAGUACACCUCCAAUCGGCUGUGUGCCAUCACAAAGAACUUUGUCAGGAGGGAUUGAAAGGGGAUGCGCAAAUGAUUAUAACGUGGCAGCUAGAUCGUUCAAUAAAAAGCUAUACGCAGCGUUGAAUUCCCUUGGAACAAGCAUGCCCGAUGGGAGAUUUGUGUACGUAGAUAUCUACAAUCCGCUGUUUGAUCUCAUUAAAAACCCUGGAGAAUAUGGCUUUGAAGUUGCAGACAAAGGCUGCUGUGGAUUUGGGUACUAUGAGGUAGCAAUUUUGUGUAAUAAAUGGAGUCCAACUACUUGUACAAACGUCUCAAAGUAUAUAUUCUGGGACAGUUAUCAUCCAACGGAGAAUGCAUACAGAGCCCUACUUCGCCCGCUCCUCCCGAAAUAUGUGAGCAAAUUCUUUUGAACUGAGACCGUCUUCGAUGAUUUAUAAACAUAUAUAUGGGCUUGAACUCCAUGCAAGUCUUGAGUUAUUAUGUAAUUUUCACUCUCUAUAUUAA